CGUGGCCACUCUGUGUUUGAAUCGUGGAGACCACAACAUAAACAUAACAUGGGUAAUUUGAUGAUUUGUUGCUGUUAAAUUAUUCCUCUAACGCUCCAAACGGACAUGAGGACUCACGGGCGUUUACAUGGGGAGAAGACUUCAGAGUUUUACACGAGUGAACACGAAGGAGGGAGAAGAUGACCUGCAGGAUGCUGCUGCUCUUCAUCCUGCUGCUCUUCAUCCUCACCUCCUGUGUCUGUGGAUCCUUUGUAGUGAAUGUGACACAGAGCUCCUAUCAGGCAGAGGAGAACCACACCAUCACACUGGAAUGGAAGUUCCCCACCAACACUGAACGCUCCUCCAACUCCCUGAAUGUCCUCUGUCAACUGUUUACUCAUGUCAGGCCCUUCAUCCUGUUUCACCUACAUGAAGGAGUCCAUGUCCCAGAGUCUCAGGAUGAACACUUUGCAGGACGAGUCCAGUGGGACGAAGACGUCCUCAGAGAAGGACGAGUCAGACUUCACGUGUCCAGACUCAGGACUGCUGACUCGGGUCUGUACACGUGUGACGUGCUCACAAGUUAUGGGAUGAACUCUGGGGAAUGUUGGCUCAAUGUCUCCGCAGCAGUGAGGGAUCGACCCGAACCUGAAAAAAUAAGCGCAAGAAUUGGGAAAAGAGAUUCCUCACAGCCAGAGAGUCGAGGGCGGACCGUCCUCUUCUGUGUACUGGGACUGACAGCUGGACUGGUUUUGUCUUUAUUCGUCUCUGCAUGCCAAAAAAAAAAAUUUUUACUUUGCAAAACCAAACGUAGAGAAUCCCAAAUCACAUCUGUGUCAUUAAGCCUUUAAGUGAUUGAACAAUGAGAGUCUGGUGUGGGCCAGUAGCGCCAGCAGCAGUGCCAAUCUAUCGCCACUAGGGGGCAGCAGUCCUCCGUUACUUCUUUACAGUAAAGAAUUUAAAGCCUUUUUUUUAAACUUUGUG